GUCAAACGUGCUAAGUGUGACUCUCUCUCUCUCUCCCUCUCUCUCUCUCAUCACUUCCAAAUCGAUUAUCUGGUUUUCUACUUGUCUUUUCUCUCUCUACAUUGUCUGAAAACCGCCAUUUACGAUGGCGGCCAAAGCUCUACUCAUUUUCUCUCUCUCAGUUCUCAUUCUAUUCAACGCUUUUUCCUCUGCAUCUCUCUCCUCCUCCUCCAAGCCCGACGACGAUGAGGAUCUCAGUUUUCUGGAGGAAGACGACGCCGUGUCGUCCCAUCCUCCUCCAGAUCCAUACCAGUACGGCGGCGAAGAGUACAGAGACUUCGAGAACUACGACGACCUCGAGGAGGAAGAGGAGGCCUCCGAUUCAGGCGAUCACGAGGCUUAUUCGAUGCCUGUUGUUGAUGAGAAGGACGUGGUGGUGUUGAAGGACUCGAAUUUCAGCGAUUUCAUAGCGAAGAAUCGGUACGUGAUGGUGGAGUUCUAUGCGCCGUGGUGCGGCCACUGUCAAGCCUUGGCGCCGGAGUAUGCGGCGGCGGCGACGGAGUUGAAGAGCGAGGUGGUGCUUGCGAAGGUAGACGCGACGGAGGAGAGUGAGCUUGCACAGAAGUAUGAGAUUCAGGGUUUUCCGACUGUUUAUUUCUUCAUUGAUGGUGUUCAUAAGGAUUACUCUGGCCAGAGGACCAAGGAUGCUAUUGUGAGUUGGGUGAAAAAGAAGACGGGACCUGGUAUAUACAACCUAUCAGUAGAGGAAGCAGAACGUAUAUUGAUUGCUGAACCUAAAGUAGUUUUGGGCUUCCUUGACUCUCUAGUGGGUCCACAAAGUGAGGAGCUGUCUGCUGCUUCAAGACUGGAAGAGGAUGUCAGUUUUUAUCAAACUUCUAGUCCCGAAGUGGCAAAACUUUUCCACAUUGAUCCCCAAGCCAAACGUCCAGCUCUGGUCUUGCUGAAGAAGGAGACUGAAAAGAUUAGCCACUUCGAUGGUCAAUUCAUCAAAUCAGCAAUAACACAAUUUGUAUAUGAGAACAAGCUUCCUUUGGUGACCACUUUAACCAGGGAAAGUGCUCCAUUAAUAUUUGAGAAUCCAAUUAAAAAUCAGUUGUUGCUUUUUGCUACUUCCAAUGACUCAGAAACAUUUCAACCUAUGUUCCGAGAGGCAGCAAAAGCUUUCAAGGGAAAGCUUAUCUUUGUUUACGUGGAAAUGGACAAUGAGGAUUUUGGGAGACCAGUUUCAGAGUACUUUGGUGUUUCUGGAGAUGCUCCAAGAGUUAUUGCAUACACAGGAAACGAUGAUGCCAGGAAGUUUGUAUUGGACAGUGACUUGACCUUAAGCAGCAUUAAGUCAUUUGGGGAGGACUUCCUGGAAGACAAACUAAAGCCUUUCUAUAAGUCGGAUCCAGUUCCAGAGACAAAUGAUGGGGAUGUAAAAAUAGUGGUUGGCAAUAACUUUGAUGAAAUAGUUUUGGAUGAGUCAAAGGAUGUCCUUCUCGAGUUAUAUGCUCCUUGGUGUGGGCAUUGCCAAGCACUAGAGCCAAUAUACAACAAGCUUGCCAAGCAUUUGAAGGGCAUCAAUUCACUUGUUAUUGCCAAGAUGGAUGGGACCACAAAUGAGCACCCGAGGGCGAAGUCUGAUGGAUUCCCGACAAUUCUUUUCUUCCCAGCUGGCAAUAAGAGCUUUGACCCGAUCACUUUUGAUUCUGAUCGAACCGUAGUGGAAUUCUACAAAUUCCUCAAGAAGCACGCGUCCAUUCCUUUCAAGCUCCAAAAACCAGCUUCAACACAGAAAUCCAAGGAUUCUGAUGCCGCAGAUGACGGAGAGGGAAAUAAAAGAGCGGUGAUGCCAAUUUGAAAGACGAAUUGUGAGGUUUUAACAUGAUAAACAAUUUUUGUUUUGUUUUAGAUAAAAUCCCGAAACAUUCUCUUCUCUAUAGUUGAAAGACUGACAUUGGAUGAGGGUGGGGGGACAAAUUUCAUAUGAUGCACCCCAUCCUUGUUUUCAUGUUAAAAUUAAAAAUUUUGAAUGCUCAUUUCCCCUUUUAAAAAAAUUUAAAAAAUAAAUGGGAUGAUCCAAUAAAAGUUCUUCACCAUAUACAAAAAGAACAA